CUUAUUCUUGCCGGAGCUCUCCGGAUUGCUGACAGAGUGGAAUCAGGAAAGACGUCGGUGGUGGUGCACUGCAGCGAUGGCUGGGACCGCACCGCCCAACUGACGUCCCUGGCCAUGCUCAUGCUGGACGGGUACUACCGAACCAUCCGCGGAUUCGAAGUCCUCGUGGAGAAAGAAUGGCUGAGCUUUGGACAUCGAUUUCAGCUUAGACUUGGGCAUGGAGAUAAGAAUCAUGCAGAUGCAGAUAGAUCGCCUGUUUUUCUUCAGUUCAUCGACUGUGUCUGGCAAAUGACAAGACAGUUUCCUACAGCAUUUGAAUUCAAUGAAUAUUUUCUCAUUACCAUUUUGGACCACCUGUAUAGCUGUUUAUUCGGAACAUUCCUUUGUAACAGUGAACAGCAGAGAGUAAAAGAGAACCUUCCUAAAAGGACAGUGUCACUGUGGUCCUACAUAAACAGCCAGCUGGAAGACUUCACUAAUCCUCUCUAUGGGAGCUACUCCAAUCACGUCCUUUAUCCAGUAGCCAGCAUGCGCCACCUAGAGCUCUGGGUGGGAUAUUACGUGAGGUGGAAUCCAUGUAUGAAACCACAGGAGCCCAUUCACAAUAGAUACAAAGAACUUCUUGCUAAACGAGCAGAACUUCAGAAAAAAGUAGAGGAACUACAGAGAGAGAUCUCCAACCGAUCAACCUCAUCCUCAGAGAGAGCCAGUUCUCCUGCACAGUGUGUCACUCCUGUCCAGACAGUGGUGUGAAAGGAUCGUUAGCUGGAGCCAUCACCACCACAAACUCCUGAUUACAAAUGGCAGCUCUGAGUAAAGUCUCCUGAACUUAGAACCCAUCUGUGAGAGAAAGUCAGUCCUUUAUUUAUUUAAAUCCGAGUUCAGAACUGUAGCAGUGCAGGGGGCUUAAGUGAAAUAACCGCAUAUAUAACUACAUGAUCAUAACACUAAUAUUAAGUUACCCAAAGAAUAUUAAAAUGCUUCAAUCCUAAAUCUACAGUGGGAAUAAGUUUGAUUUUAAAAGGAAAAUGCUCUUAUAAAUUUUGGUGUCUGGUAAAAUCAAAAUACAAACCACUUCAAAAAUAUAACUCAUGAUGGAAGAGAGCUCAUUGCACAGAGGAGGAGGAGGAGCAUCACUUUUCAAACCAACACUGAAAUUCCAUGGCAUUAUAUACACUGUAAUCUCAUGACAGAUCAAAUCGGACACACCUUUCCCCAUCCUGCGUUUUCUUUUUUUUUUUUUUUCGUGGUAAUUGAUCUACUUUGGUCACCCACAUUCUUCAUACAUGAUAAGGCAAAGUCUUGAAGAUAUUAUGGUGUAGUUGAAAAUUUUGUGGUCAUUAUUUAUGUACUUAUUUAAGAUGCAUUAUUGAGUAGCUGUCCAGGGUUUCAAAGAAUUCCACAUCCUUCAGAUUAGUUUCCACUUGACCAAUUACUAGAAAUAACAUUUAAAAGCUCAUUAUCUCCCUACUUUAGAUUUUUUUGGUGUAUCUGAGCACAGAAUUGCUAAAUUUUGAGGCAAUAUUUUAAAGUUUACCAGGAUUGAUUUUUUUCUGAAAUCUAUAAAUUGCUUAUGAUAAGCAUUAUGCUCAAAUUUUACAUGAAAUAUUUUACUACUGUCCUUUGUAAAGUCUGUACUUCCACUGAAUGAUAAAGUCUACCAAAGAACUUACUGCAUGUAAAAAUAUAUUACAAUCUGAAAGCCAGAAAAGGAACUCCCGCUUCACUGUGCACCUGCUGUAGCAGGAGUUCAGUGCUGGUAUAAACGUGGACUCCUUGAUGCCUGUGUUACUCUAAAAGAGCCAUAGGUUAUGUACUGUAACAAAGGAGCUUCUUGGCUCUUGGGUCUUUAAAUAAAAGUAAAUUUCAACUGACUUUUAAA